GGGAGCGCGCGCGGUGGCAAGUCAGCGGUGGGGACGCGCGACAGGUCCCAGAAGAGAUCCGGAGUGGGGGGGGCGGGUGCGCAGAGAGACAGAGGGGUAGUGGCAGGGUGCGCACCGCCUUUUCCUUCCCCCGGGAAACCGGAGCCGGAAGACUGAAAUUCACCAAGCAAGACAAACAAUCUGAAAUUCAGAAGGCUUUUCAUCGAUGGCAUGAAACCCUAAAAAGGUUCAGACUGGAUUAAUGAGAAGAUGGGAGCAGCAAGCAGCAGCAUUCACGACCUUCCGGAAAAUGAAUAUUUAAAGAAACUGUCGGGACGAGAGGCCAUCUCUGAGAAUGACCCGUUUUGGAAUCAGUUGCUUUCUUUCAGCUUUACUAUCCCAACAAAUAGCGCCGAGUUAAAACUUUUGGACGAAGCUUCUGUGUCCGUCUGCAAGUCUUUAGUGGAGAAUAAUCCUCGGACAGGAAACCUUGCCUCGCUGGUUAAAGUCUUCCUUUCCAGAACCAAAGAAUUAAAAAUUUCAGCAGAAUGUCAGAACCACCUCUUUAUCUGGCAGGCGCAGAACGCCCUGUUUAUUAUCUGCUGCCUGCUGAAAGUGUUGAUCUGUCAGAUGUCAGAAGAGGAAUUGCAGCUUCAUUUCACCUAUGAGGAAAAAACCCCAGGCUCUUAUGGAUCUGAAUAUGAAGAUCUUAUGGAAGAGUUACUUUGCUGCCUCAUUCAGCUGAUUGUUGAGGUCCCUCUUUUAGACAUUACAUACAGCAUUUCGCUGGAAGCUGUGACAACACUGGUCGUUUUUCUCUCCUGUCAGCUUUUCCACAAGGAAAUUCUGCGGAAGAGCAUCCUUCAUAAGUAUCUUAUGCAUGGCCGAUGUCUCUCAUACACCAGUCGACUAGUGAAAACUUUGUUAUAUAACUUCAUCCGUCAAGAACGAAGCCCUCCUCCAAAUUCCGAUGUCUUCCAGCCUGAAUCCGAAGGAGGUGGACUGCUCUAUGGAAUUGCAUCAGGAGUAGCAACUGGCCUCUGGUCAGUCUUUACACUAGGAGGUGCAGGAAGCAAGCGAGCUUCUCAACAGGAAGAGUCAUCACCUCUUGCUAAUCAAAGUCUGUUGUUGCUGCUCGUCUUAGUAAAUCUGACGGAUGCUGCAGAUACACCCAACCCUUAUAAGCAAUCCGUUGUGUCCUUCAAGAACACACAAGAUAGCACAGCUUUGUCCUCGCCAACUCCUCACGCUUUCCAGAUCAAUUUUAAUAGUUUGUACACCACGUUAUGCGAGCAGCAGAACUCUGACCAUGCUACCCUCCUUUUGUAUACUCUUUUGCACCAGAACAGCAAUGUUCGAACAUACAUGUUGGCCCGGACAGAUAUGGAAAACCUGGUUUUGCCAAUUCUUGAGAUUCUUUAUCAUGUUGAAGAAAGGAAUUCACAUCACGUUUAUAUGGCACUGAUAAUUUUGUUAAUCCUUACUGAAGAUGACAGCUUCAAUCAAUCCAUUCAUGAAGUUAUAUUGAAAAAUAUUACUUGGUACUCAGAACGGGUGCUGACGGAAAUUUCACUGGGGAGUCUUCUGAUUCUUGUCGUAAUCAGGACCAUUCAGUACAAUAUGACAAGGACGAGGGACAAAUACCUUCAUACAAACUGCUUGGCAGCUCUAGCCAACAUGUCCGCACAGUUCCGCUCCCUUCAUCAAUAUGCCGCGCAGAGGAUCAUCAGCUUGUUUUCACUGUUGUCCAAAAAGCACAACAAAGUUUUGGAACAGGCCACACAGUCUCUGAGAAGUUCCCUGUCUGCUGCCGAUUCUCCACUUCCAGAUUAUGCCCAGGAUUUGAAUGUGAUUGAAGAAGUCAUUCGAAUGAUGUUAGAAAUAAUCAACUCCUGCUUAACAAAUUCCCUCCAUCAUAAUCCCAAUUUAGUGUAUGCCCUGCUAUAUAAGCGGGAUCUCUUUGAGCAAUUUCGAACUCACCCGUCUUUCCAGGAUAUAAUGCAGAACAUAGAUCUGGUGAUCAGCUUCUUUAGCUCACGGAUUGAGCAUCCUGGAGCUGCGCUGUCAGUGGAACGGGUCCUCGAAAUUAUCAAACAAGGAGCUGUCGCCCUACCCAAAGACAGGCUCCGGAAAUUCCCAGAGCUGAAGUUCAAGUACGUGGAGGAAGAGCAACCCGAAGAGUUCUUCAUCCCGUAUGUUUGGUCCCUUGUCUACAACUCUGCCGUGGCUCUUUACUGGAACCCGCAAGAUAUCCAGCUUUUUACGAGGGAUUCGGGUUGAAACCCAAAAGGAAACGCAAACCUACCUUGCCGGCCCCUUUUCCUAAAAUGACUCCUUCCCAGCUGAGAUUUCCUAAGAAGGAUGCUUGUUACUAUUGUAUAGCCCCACUUAUUAUUUUCCUGGGAGCAUGUUAGAAAGCCAGAAUGCCACAUGGACUCCAUUAAGACUGUAUGCUAAUUUUUAAUCUAUCUGUUUGUCAAGCCAAGAGAUGGAGUUGUUGUUUUUUUUCCAUCAACACUGGCAGUUGGGUUGGAAGAACUCGAGGUGAGGUGAGAUAUUAACAGCAAUCAGCUUUUGGAAAAAAAAAAACCAAAAUAAUGUAAAUGAAAAUAUAUUUUGUUUUUUGGGAAGUCAGCCUUUUUGCAAGCUGAUUUUUCUUCCUGUCUACUCUUAAGCGUAUCUGCAAAAGCCUUUGAGGUUUUGCUGUGGGCUUCCAACUUGAUCUUUGCAGCCUUGGUACCUUUUCACACUGGGUGUAACUGAAAUGAAAUUAAUCUUGUGGCAUUAAUACUUUUUUUUUAAUGCUUCAUUUUGGAAGGCACUAAAACUACCACUUCUCGCUCUGCAAAUCUAGAAAAGUUUAAAAAGAUUAAGAGCAGCUCACGAUUCAUAGUUUCAAAAGUGCUAUUACACGAGUGUGGAUUUCUCCGAAAUUUCACUGUUGCUUCUCAACCUCCCCAGAAACACACACUUCUUAGUCUUCUUUCAGAUAAAUUGGUUUUUGACAGAAAUUUGCAGGCAUGCACGUUUCAAAAUAAACUGUCCAUGUUGUGUACAUUAAAGAGAAUCGACAACGUGCUACAGGAGAGAAAAAGGGGAAAGCACUUAGUGUAGCAUUGUUAUUUUCAAAACACACACACAGAGAGAGAGAGUGCCCUGUGCGAGGCUGCCAAGUUAAGGAACAAAAAAGAUCAACAAUUGUGUUGCCCACCAUACUUCUUUUACAGAAAAAAAUAUGGCAUUCAGAAGAAGGACAGCAUGUGAGACUGGCAAUGUGUGGAAAGACGAUUCCCCCUUUAAUUAUCUUUUCACAAAUUAUUUUGAUUGGUUUUUAACCUCCUGACCAGCAUUGUUCCUCCCUCCUGUCUAUUCUGUAAAAAAUCGCUGCUUAAAAUACAAUCAUAUUUACUUAUUCCCGCAGCUGUAAAGAAAACUGCAUAGCGAUUGAGUUCAUUCAGUUUUGCACAGAGACAGAUUUGGGGUAGCGGGGAUUAGGAGCACUGAUUUUUAAAAAUCGGAAGGCGAACCGAUAACAGGAGAAAUAUUUGACACGGUGUUUGAAAGGAGCUGAAUGUCCUGCAACCCUCUCCUUCAAAUAAAUGACUGUUGACUGCAAGCUGUGGAAAAUUCAAUGUUUGAAAGGGGCAGCUUAAAAAGACAAAAGUUGAAUAUUUUACCUGUGCGAAUUGAUGCUGGAAAUGGCUAAAUUCUGUCAUUUUUAUUGGCUGUACAGGAGAUGGUCAGGCUUUCACUUUGGGAAAGAAUUGUUGGAGUGUGCAGGAAAUGCCCAUGUCGCAGCUAUCUGCAGCUCUUUAAAGCGGCAUUGGCUUUUCUUGGGAUCUUAAGGUUGCCUGCUGCAGCAGCCACAUCAGCCUGAAAAAAGAUGCAGCCGCUUUAAAAAGCUGCAGACAAGAGGUGAGUUUAUCCUCUAAAACAGCACCACCGCCCCCCACCCAACCUUUUGUGGACCAGGGACCAGUUCGACGGAGAGAGGUUUUUCCGUGGACCAGACAGGGUGUGGUUUCGCGUGCUGCCUGCAUCCCACAAAUGUGGCUUUGCUUGUUUGCACAGCCCGAUUUCUGGCAUGCUGUGGCCUGUUGCUGGUCCACGGGUUGGGGGCCUCUGCUCUAAAACACCCGUUCAGAAUUGAACAGAAUCUGCAGCCUUAACUUUUAGAGCAGUGUUGGCAGCUUAAUGAUGGGUGGACUUCAAUUCCCAGAAUUUCCCAUCUGCGCUCGCUGGACAAAUUCUAGAAGUCAAAGUCCACCCAUCUUUAAUUGCUAUAUUGAGCAGCACUGCUCUAAAAAGGCUACCUUGGUCUCAGGUUUCCAAAACCACUCGGGGGGAGGGGGGGACGUUUCACACACUUCUAUUACAAGAAGAAUGAUUUCUCUGAUGUAGAAAGGCUUUUCGUGUUUCAAGCAUGGGGCAGCUCGCUUAGGACUGGAACAGACCCAAAUCAAGAGAUUUAUACAGAAAUUAAGAGUUUGAUAUAGUGUCCUCCAUGGAGCAAUACAAAAGCUUUGCGACGCAUGGAAACUGCAAUCCGAGACAGGUCUAUAUAUUUGUUUCUGACUUUUACAACAUAAAGCACCAUCCCUGGGAAUUCUUUGCCGUGAUAUAUGGUUAAGAUUUCCCCUCAAGACGAGAGAGGGUUAAAAACAAACAAUCCAGUAAUUCUCUCUAGCUUAACUUUCAUUUUACGGGUAACUAAGCGGCUCCCAAGAAUGUGUUUUCAUAGAUGAGCUCUCCUUUUUGGUUACCUUUUCCACAGAAUUAAAACCUCCAAAAUGGGCUCAGUCAAGAUCAUGGAACAUGGCGAAGUAGCUGCCCUAGAAGGAAGAUUCUGAGCUAUUGCGAACGCUGCAAAUCAGAGUUCAUUCUUUGUUAGUCGCAUUUCAUUUUAUUUCUGUUAUUAUUAAAAUACAUUUUCGACAA